GCAAGACCUAGAGUGGCUGGAGAGGCGACUGGUUCAUCCGGCAGAUCCCAGGUACUGCAUAGGCGCCGGAGUAGAUCCGGAUCAAUGCCGGUGGGGCGGCGGCGGGGAUUCUAGAGGGGAGGGAUGGACAGGAAUGGGAGCCCCGUAAUAUCGAGGCAGAGGAGCAAUGAGAGCGCCACUUCAUCUCCUGCCAUGUCGCCGGCGCAUCCGGCGCAUCACGUCCGAUCGGGCUCCCUGGGAGCGAUGCGAAGGCCGAAUUACUCCGCCAAGGCGGCGGCUGCGCGCCUCGCUAGCUUGAUGCAAGCGUCGCAUCCACAGGACGAUGACGACGAAGACGACGAUCUCCAGUUCGCACAGCAAUCGCAAUCCUACCGCGUAAAAACCAGCAAUUUCUCGACCAGAGCCCAGUCUCCAGGGCUAGUGAGGAGUCGGGACGAAAGUGGGAGUGACCAUCAACGCUCGGCCUCUGCGGGCAGACCAUUGCGCCCUACGCCUUUAGUUCCUCCUUUGGCACCCGCGUCAUCUGGUCGAGUGAAGCCACCCUCGUUUUCCACACAGCCACAACGAGUGCCAGAACCUUCCGUGGAUGCUGACUUUCGUCGGGAUAGAAGGCCUGCUGCGGAUCCGGUUCACCAUCAAAGGCAAGAGUCCGGAAUCUCGAGACGUGAAGCUGCUGUACUUCGUGAUGAGCUUGAAGUACUUGAAGAAGAAAACCAACUUCGUCUUGACAAGUUACGCCUUGCCGAAGAAAAACUGCAAGCAUCUGAAGCAAGAGCAAGAGAGCUUGAGAAGCAGGUUGCAAGUCUUGGAGAAGGUAUUUCUCUGGAAGCUCGGCUGCUUCAUAGGAAAGAAGCAGCACUGAAGCAGCGUGAGGCUGCUCUAAAAGCUGCAAAACAAAAUAGAGAUGUGAAAGAUGACGAGAUUGCAGCGCUUCGUCUAGAAGCAGAGGCCGCCAGAGACGAAGCUGUAUCGGCAUCGUCAAAAGCACUGGAAGCGGAAGCGGAAGCCAAAGCGUUGAGAACAAUGACGCACAGGAUGAUCUUGACUCAAGAAGAAAUGGAAGAGGUCGUUCUCAAACGUUGCUGGCUUGCACGGUAUUGGGGGCUCGCUGUACGUCACGGAGUUCAUCCGGAGACAGCUCCUCUGAAAUAUGAGUACUGGUCCUCCUUCGCUCCUUUACCUCUGGAAGUUGUCUUGGAUGUCGGACAAAAAGGCAGCAAUGAGUCUACAGCCAAUGGAGACGGAAAGAAGGCGUCGCGCGAUGUAAAUGAUAUCACUGGCGAAGGCAACAUAGAAAGCAUGCUCUCUGUAGAGAAAGGCUUGCGAGAGCUUGCAUCAUUGAAGGUCGAAGAUGGAGUUCUCCUUGCAAUGGCUGAGCAUCGGCGUCCAAGUUUGUUAAGAGUUGGCCACAGCCUGCCAGAUGCAAGAGCCUCGCCAGAUGGUCCCAAACUCGUGGAAUCCAUGGACUUGAGUAGCGAGGAAGUAGAAGAUGUACAAUUCAAACAGGCGUGGUUGUCUUAUUUUUGGCGUCGAGCAAGAGCCAACAAGAUCGAAUCCGACAUCGCUGAUGAGCGGCUGCAGUACUGGGCCAGUCGGAAUGCAGUUUCUCCGACGUUCCAUGACGCUGUUGAUGUGGAGCGAGGCCUGAUGGAGCUCCGAAAGCUGGGCAUCGAGGACCAGCUGUGGGAGGCUUCUCGCAAGGAGAUCGCGCAGCAGCAAGCACAGAAGGGAAGCCCCUCGAGCUGAAGACUUUCCUCCUCGCGGGUGAUUUUUAUCGAUUCUUAUUUGUUUCUCUUACAACCCCAGGGAUGUAUAGCUUCGAUUGUCCAAACAUUGGAUAUAGCACAGAGUGAGCUAAAAAAGUUGAUCCUCACUCGGGACACAAAUAAGCGCAAUCACGUAAGCUUUUGUUGUUUGAACAAGGUCGAAAGAUAUAUUUGUCUUUCAAA